AUGGAGCUCAAGUUACAUUGUCUCUAUAAAACUAGUAUUGCGUUUAAAUGUCUGGACACAGUAAGCAGGGAUGCAAGGUUCAGGCUAAAGCCAAGACUCGAGUCAUCAUUGCUCUGUAGUUCCCAGUCGGUCGUGUUCACCAUCUGCUCAGGAAGUGCAAUUAUGGAAAGGGUCACGGCCAGAGCUCCUGUCUGUCCAGCCACCAUCCUCAAGUAUAGGAUGGCUGAGAUCAUCAAGCUGGCUGGCAACACAGUCCACAGGACCACAACAAUUAGAAGACCCGCAUCGUCCCCUGACACCUCUAGCUGGCUGUUGUUAAGAAGCUCAACAAGCUGCUGGGUGGCAUCAUCAUCGCCAAUGGAGGAGUCCUGCCCAACACCCAGGCCAAGCUGUUGCUCAAGAAGACUGAAAGCAACAAGCCAACCAAGGCCAAGUAAACUAGAUCUGUUCAUUUAA